AUGGAUCCAUCCUCAUCUGUUUUUGGCAAUUACGACAUAGAGAUCGUAAAAAGAAGGAUAUAUUUAUUUAAUUUAAUUAUUAACUCAGCAUCACCUUUGAUUAAUUAUCAAAUUUAGCCUUACUACCCCUUUUCAAUUGUAACAAAAUCCUAUUCCAAUUUAAAAAGAGUUAACAUUUAUUUUAAAAACAUUAUACCAAUUAAAAAAAUUAAUCGAUUCAGCAUGAAAAUUGGCUAAUAGCAUUCUCUUGCACUUUUUCCAUUAAAUUAGAUCAUAACUAAUUUUAUAAAAUAUUUUCAGCCUUAAUUUUUAUAAAAAAAUAUAAAAAAUUUUAAUUUAGUUUUAUAAAAAAUUAAUCGAUUUAGAGUUAAAGCUGUUCAAAUAACGUUCUACACUCACUACAUCAAUUAAAUUAGAUGAAUCUAUUUAUGCAAGUUAGUAUUUUCACCUAUAAAGUCUUAUUAUUUAAAAAGAAUUUUGUUUCAAUUUAAAGGAGGGUUAAAGUACCCAAAAAAUAGAAAUUUACCUAAAUUUUGUUCCGAUUUAAAGUUUAAUUCAAUAUUAAUUUCUAUAAAAUGUGACUCAAUUUUAUUUUUAGUGCUAUUUUUCAUUCCAAUUGCCAUAGCAUGCUGCAUAGAAAACAAAGAAGCAGCAAUCGAAGUAAUUUUCUGGUUUGCCCUUUAUUACUCUCCUUAUGGACUUACAGGAACUUUUGGGUUUUUUACCGUUCAAAAUGAAAAAUCCUACAUAAACUGCUAUUCAGGGUUUCUGAAAUGCACAUUUGUCUACUGCGCGUUAAGCAUUGGCAUAUCAACGGUGACUUUCUUUUUUAUGCUGAUUGGAACUUUAACCUCUCAUUGCGACCCAUCUAAAGAAGAGAGAUGUGGUUUUGUGGAAGGCAUAUUGAUUUUAGUAGUCAUUCUAUCAUUUUUGUAUUUAGUUUACUCCUCUUUUGGGUUUAUUCUUUGGUGGUUUGCAAAUAAGCAUGCAAAUACUUUGAAGGAUUUAAUAUUCCAGCUGAAAAUAAAUAUAGGCAUAACCUUUAGAUAACCCGAUAUGGGCUAGGGAUAGAGGCCAAAACUUCGCACUUGGUUCGAUCAAAAUGGGCUGGCCGAACCAAUUGAAAAGUGGCAAAUAAGCCUCCUUCCACUUGGUUCGACCAAUCCAUUUUGGCCGAGUUAAGUGCGAAGUUUUGGCCUCUAUCUCUAGCCCAUAUCGGGCUAUCUAAGGGAUACGCCUAUAGGAAUUUUGCAGGUGAUAUAGAAUUUUAAUCUGAAUAAAAAUAUAAAUAUGUUAAAGAAUAAUAUACGGGUAUAUUAAGAAGAGCUGAAAAUUUCCAAAAUCCGUUUAUGACUGGAGGCAUUACAACAAACUCACAGUUUAUGCCUGUUCCUGGAAUUCCAGUUGGCAGUUCUCCGCAGUAUUAUCCUCAAUAUAAUCCUGGAAGCUAUGAAAUGCAUUAG